AUGCGAACACCGUUCAGCCGUAUGUUGAGGAAAUCGAACACAAUUAACUGUUGGGGCUACUCGAAAUUAUACCAUGAAACUGGGAAUGUAACAAACUUGGGCUUGGUAGCUGUUGGCUAUAUGCUCAGUCACAGUGGCACCACUGAACUCAAACUUUCUUUUUCCACCUUCAUGUUUCGAGCUCGUCUCGACCUCAGCCUUAUUUUCAUCGAUUCCAGAGUGACAGAACUCACUGGCUUCGCACCAUCGUCACUUCUCGAUAUGUCAUUGUAUCAGAUGGUGUUUCUAGAAGACGCGCAAAUCAUCGAGAAAGCUCACAAAAUCCUGCUGCACAAGAAUCAGUCGACGACGGGAUAUUAUCGCCUAGUGCACAAUACUCGAGGAUACGUCUGGGCGCAAAGUCAAUUCUACAUAGUGCCGAUGCUUCGAGCAGCCGCCGCUCAUUGCAUUGUUGCUAUCACCGAAGUAUUCAGGUACUCUCUACUUUAUUAA